UCUAGCACCCAUGGAGCCCAUCGACAUCGUCCGUCUGGAGGAGGCGGUGGUCUCUUUUUAUCGCUCCAACUCGCAAAACCAGGCCAUCACCCACGAGUGGCUGACCGAUGCGGAGGCCAGCCCGCAGGCAUGGCAGUUUUCCUGGCAGCUAAUGCAGCUCGGCAAGAGCCAGGAGGUGCAGUUCUUCGGCGCCAUCACACUGCACUCCAAGCUGAUGAAGCACUGGCACGAGGUGCCGCCCGAGAAUCGCGAGGAGCUCAAGCAGAAGAUCCUCGAGUCCAUCGUUCGCUUCGCCGGCGGACCGAAGAUCGUGCUCAACCGCCUGUGCAUCUCGCUGGGCGCCUACAUAGUCCACAUGCUGGGCGAAUGGCCGGGAGCCAUCGAGGAGGUGAUCAACACGUUCCAAAACCAACGGAUGCCAAAUGUCAGUGCUGAUGUGCAACUAUGGAUCAUGCUAGAGGUGCUACAGGCCAUACCCGAGGAGGCCCAGGUCAUCCACACAUCCGUCAAGCGGGCCACGCUGCGCGCCGAGAUCGGCAAGCGAGUGCCACUCGUUCUACAGACCGCCGAGAGGUAUUUGAAGCUCCAGAUGAACCGUGUUUGGGACGCAGAGACGUACAGCAACAUGAACCGGGCUGUAAAGUGCGUAGGAACCUGGAUUAAGAACAUCGGCUAUUCCAUUGAGGGCUGCGUCACUAUCACAGCCGUGUUGCUCGAGGUGGUCCACAAGUGCUACUGGCCUUGCAUACAUGCGGGCGACGGUUGCAUGACUGCCGAUGAGAACGAGCUGGCCGAGUCUUGUCUGAAGACGCUGGUCAACAUCAUCAUCCAGCCAGAUUGCCACAAUUACCCGAAGACUGCGUUCGUUCUCAUCAAAAUGUUUCUGGACUCGUUAGCUGAAAUAACAAAAACUGAAUGGAAGAGGGAGAACGACAACGAGGACAUCAUCGUCCACAUCUACAUGCUAUUCGUGUCCUCCGUGGAGAGGCACUCCACGCUGCUGCUUAGCGGCAUCACGUCAUCGGAUCCCGAACUAUCUGUGCUCGUUCAUCGCAUAGUGCAGGAGAUUCUGCACUGCACCGACAAGCCGGGCAUCUACCCGGUGGAAGAGUCUUGCAGCACCAUGGCCCUGGCCUUCUGGUACAUGCUGCAGGAUGAGGUGUUCGCCAUGCAGAACGACGAGCAGAAGCACAAGUGUUGGGAAUACAUAAAACCGCUGUACGCCCACCUUACCAGAAUUCUGGUGAGGAAAUCGGAACAGCCGGACGAGAAGUCUCUCGCCAAGUGGAACUCUGAUGAUUUGGAGUGCUUCAGAUGCUACAGGCAGGACAUAUCAGACACCUUUAUGUACUGCUACGACGUUUUAAAUGACUACAUACUAGAGAUCCUAGCAGCCAUGCUAGACGAGGCCAUUGCCGACCUUCAGAGACACCCGACUCACUGGACAAAGCUGGAGGCCUGCAUCUAUUCCUUCCAGUCGGUGGCCGAGCACUUUGGCGGCGAGGAGUCGCGUCAGAUACCGAGACUUAUGAGAGUUCUGGCCGAGAUCCCGUACGAGAAGCUCAACGUGAAGCUACUGGGCACUGCUCUGGAGACCAUUGGCUCUUAUUGCAAUUGGCUGAAGGAGAAUCCCGCCUACAUACCGCCAGCCAUCAACCUGUUGGUGCGCGGCCUGAACUCGUCAAUGUCCGCCCAGGCUACGCUUGGCCUGAAGGAGUUGUGCCGCGACUGUCAGCUACAGCUUAAACCGUACGCUGAUCCGCUCUUGAAUGCCUGCCAUGCCUCCCUCAACACGGGACGCAUGAAGAACUCGGAUUCGGUGCGGCUCAUGUUCAGCAUCGGCAAGCUAAUGAGCUUAUUGCAGCCGGAGGAGAUACCCAAGUAUUUGGACAUCAUUGUGAGUCCAUGCUUCGAGGAGUUGCAGGCCAUUUGCCAAGCAGAGUCGAAAACUCCUGCUGCUCGGAUUCGAACCAUCUUCCGGCUGAACAUGAUCUCUACUCUGUUCUCGUCGUUGAACACGGAUGUGGACGAUGAAACCAAGCCCCAACCGAUCGUCCAACCCGUUCUCCUUGUCAUGCAGCGCACGAUGCCCAUUUUUAAGCGCAUCGCCGAGAUGUGGGUAGAGGAAAUCGAUGUGCUCGAGGCCGCCUGCAGUGCCAUGAAGCAUGCAAUAAUGAACUUGAGGAGCAGCUUCCAGCCUAUGCUCCAGGAUCUUUGCUUGUUCAUUGUGGCCAGUUUCCAGACUCGAUGCUGCGCACCCACCUUAGAGAUAUCCAAAACGGCCAUAGUCAUGUUCUUCAAGGACGAGGGCUGCAAGCCGCUGAUGCAGCAGCUUCUGAGGGAGUUUAUUCAGCACAGCUUCAAGCUGUUUGAGAGCACUCCCGAGCAAAACUUCUCGAACAUCUCCGACACGAUGGAGACCUUCUUUGGCUGUCUCUCGCAGAUAGUCAAGAAAAUCCCCCAAGUGCUGGAGGACAAGACGCUGGCUUACGACAGACUGGUAUUCUACGCCCAGCGGGGUAUGACCUUGCCGGAGAGCGGAGCCAUCCGCAACAGCAUUCAGUUUCUUGCCCACUUCGUCAUGCAAUCUCGCAACCAUCCCCACGUCACCGAGGUGGUUCUCGCCACGGGCGAGCAGACCCUAUACACGGCGAUGAUGUGCGUGGGUUAUCUCACGCCGAGGUCGCAGGUGGACAAAUUUGCUGAUAUUCUCCUGGCCAUGAACAAGAAGUACCCAGCUGAGAUGGCCGUUUGGAUGAAAACGCUGAUGGCUACUCCAAACUUUCCCACACAGCUUAUAACGGACGCGGACAAGUCGCGGUACACGGCUCUAAUUGUGAAGGAAAAGGUGAACAAACGGUUGCUGCAGCAGCAUCUGUCUGAGAUGGCUAUAAAAACACGAGGACUCACUGAAAAGUUUCAGUAAAGCAAAUGAUUGCAAUAAAAUGGCAACGUGACAUUCUCCCAUCACCCAAA